UAUUCUCCUCUUGUUCACUGGUCUUGUAGGAAAUGUGGCUGUGGAAAGAAGGGGGAGGCCUGUGGGGACUCCUUCAAGUGUACUGGCUGCAGAAACCCCUUUAACAUCCUCAAGGAGUUUGACAUUGACGGUGUAGCAGCGGCCCAGGACAAAUGUCUCAUGGACAACAUCUUCAAGAUUGAAGAUCUGAGAGGCCGUCUGAAGGAGCACCAUGAACUGCCAUGCUGUUCAUAUUCUGUACAGCUGAAGGACAUGGUGCCUGGUAGCAUCACUGUGUUCACCUGUCCAGACAAGUACUGCGGGUAUGAGUGGCAGUACUCCUGGUGCCACAAUGAGUUGGAGGAGGAUUGGGAGGCUCGCCCUCGUUAUCACUGUGUCAUCUGCCGCAAGUGUGGUGACUACGGGGAUGCCCACUGCAAGAAAUGCAACAAGUGCUACUUUGCCGGCACAGCUGGAUUCGAGUGCCCGUGCGGAGAUAAGUCUACGGAAGAUACGGCCAAAAGGGAGCUGACGAAUAUGUGGACCGUGCUGUACCUUGCUGGGUUCGACAAUGACAGCAUAACCGACUUCUUCCAAAACUCGAUACCCAUUUGAGAUCAAACAAAAGGCUGUGCAUACAGCACUGGUGUUGACUUAAGAAUGGCCUGCUAGAAACAUUUUGUGCCUUUUGCCACAUGUGGAUCCAUUAUACCUGCCACAAAUGUGCUAUCUUUGAAAGUUUGUAAUCUACAGUAAGUGAAGUGGCAACAUUGACAUUUUACUGUAUUGCUUGAUUGGCCUACAGUUACACAUUAGUUUUUAGCAGUAAUUUUACAUACAUGUAUGACAUGUAAAAGUGUGUUACUAUAAAAAAAAGACAGAUUGUACACUUUUUCGAACCUGGAAGAAGCCAUGUUCUAUUUAUGGAGUGCAUUGACUUCCUUAGCUUAUGUAACUAUCACAUGAAAUGUGCACUUGAAAUAUUCAAGGCUGUCCAGAUGGACUUGUUUGAUUAAACAAAGUGAGUGGAACUAAGAA